AUGUAUAAAUUUUGUUCUAUAGGUUCACAAAAAUCAGGUUCAGAAUCAAUUCAUUAUGCUCGCAAGUUCAAUGAUCUUACAAAACGUGCAAUAUCUGCUUAUGAAAAUUUCUUAAAUUUAAACGGAAUUUCAUCGAAUAAAACAAGUUUAUAUUUCAAAGAAUCUGAUAUAAAACCAAUUGUUAUGGCGUGUAUAUACACCGCUCGUUUAUAUUCUCAACUUAUUUCAAUUGACAAUAUGGAGAAAAUUCAAAAUUUGACAAAAGCUUUAAACUUUUAUUCACAAACAGUUUUUGCUCGCAGAAAUCAUAUUAAGCAUAAUUCUACAACUUUGAUAAAAAGUUGUGAAGAAAUCAGGAUAGCUAAAGAGAUGGUUAGUUUAUUGCCAAUCAAACUCAGCAGAUUAUCUCGUGGGGAAAUUAUACCAGAUUAA